AAUUGUAUUAUUAACAAUAUGUCAAUUAGCAUUUUCUAUGCCAAAUGUUAGAGUAAAACGUCAAGAAGAUGCUGAACAACAAAUAACUUUAAUUAAUUUAGAUGAAAUUAAUCCAAUUGAAUCACAGGACUCAAAAAGUCAAGGAUUAGAUCGUGAAAAGAGGAAAUUACCGGAAGCAACAUUUGCUGGAAAAAAUGCUGUUUUAGGUUUCGUUUUUGGUAAAAUCGACAGUGUUCUCGAUAAAAAAAUUCGAUUCCUCAAUCAAUUAGACAAAACCAAUGUACAAAAGAAUGCCCAAUACAAUAUUGUUGUACCAAAACCAAUAAAUAAUUUACAAGGAUUGAUUACAGCUGUUGUAUCACCAAAAAUUCAAGGUAUCGGAAGUUUAGUUAGUGAUCUUACAACCGGUGUUUUAGGUGGUUUAACAAGUUUAAGUGGAUCAUCAUCAGGUGGCGGUAAUGGUAAUGCCGGUUUAGGUAAUGUUGUAUCAAAAGUAAUUGGAUUAUCUGGACCAUUAUUAUCGGGUUCAUCUGGCGGUUCAACAACUGAAGCACCUGGUACAUCUGAUGAAUCUGGAUAUUAAAAAUAAAAUAAUUAUAUAUAUAUAUACAUACAUAUAUAUUAAUUAUAUAUUAUAUAAUUGAAUAGUUGCAUUUUUGUAUUUAAAAAUUAUUAUUGA